UGGAAUGACGAUGAGAAGGAAAACAAUAGCAAAACGAAUAAUCGACUGCAAAUAUGAAGAACAGCAUCGGAUUUAUGAUGAAAGUGCCACUGAGCUUUCGCGGAUCACCGUUCCAUGUCAGAGGCAGCGAAAGAGAAGAAAACAAAUGUCGGUAUCCAAAGAGAGCGGAGAAGAAAAUUCACAGAGUCUUAAGGUGGACAACUCCAUAGCAGGGUUUCCAGGUGAUGGAGAUAACGUGAUGGAGAUACUGGGAGGACUCCAGUCUUGCUCCAGAGCAGAUCUCAUCACCAUGGUGCUGAGCAUGCACAGAGAGAUGGACAGCCUCAGAGAACAAAUCCGAUGCCUCACAGCUUGUGGAAAAUUGGCACAAAACCUUGAAAGCUUGGUGGAGACAACUGACUACUGGUUGAGUAACACCACAAGAACGACAUCACCCGGACUACCAAAAGCAUUUGAGGGCAGUGAGGUUCCUGCUGUGUACACAAACUCAAUUGUGGCAAAUGGGACGCAGAGCAAAACGGAGACAGCGAAUCAUCAUCAAGGAGUUCUCAUAGUAGCCAAUGAUGGGGCCCCAGAGGAAAACACUCCUCCUCUUUUCCAAGAUUUUAUUACAGCUGACGUCCUUGAGCACUGCAACACUGGAACCACAGCUCAGAAACUGACCAACGAUCUUCUGCGCGGACUUUAUGAGAGGGACUGCAUGGCUUCACAUUCAAUCUCAGGCAUCGUCAACAACAAGCGGGGCCAGCCGAAGCCUGCCCUGCCAGCACACGAGGUCCAGGCCAUACUGAGGGCAGUACAGCACUUUUUCCCAGGGAAGACCGACUCAGAAAUCAAGGGCUACAUCCGGCAGAAGCUGCAGAAUGAAGCCAAGCAACUACGAAAGAAACAUCACCCAGCAACCGCAGGUCACCCAGCAACCGCAGGUCAUCCAGCAUCCGAUGGAGGAACGGGAUCAGAGACUUCCAACGCAUAGAAAGAUGCCUCGCUCUAUGGCAUAGUGGGCUCAUAGGGCCUCCUCAGACAGAGUUAAAAGAGUUAUAGCUUAAAGCUAAGAGUUAUAGCUAAGAGCUAAGAGUUAUAGUCAUAGCUAAGAGUUAUAGCUAAGAGCUAAGAGUUAUAGUUAUAGCUAAGAGCUACGAGCUAAUAGUUAUAGCUAAGAGUUAUAGUUAUAGCUAAGAGCUAAGAGCUAAGAGUUAUAGUUAUAGCUAAGAGUUAAGAGUUAUAGUUAUAGAAUAGCACCGAGAGAGACAGGGGCUCAGAGGAGUCUUGGUAUUUUGUAUUAGUUUCUUGAGGACCACCUGAGAGUCAGAGGUGAUGCCUACAGUACCUUAGUAAAGUGGACCAAGUAAUUAGAGAAAGUUUGUGGAGGAGUAGCCACCUGUCAUGUGUAUCCAAAAUUAGAGUUGUGUAUUGCAGGUUCUGAAAGCAAAGGCUUUCUUAAGUAUUUGGUGUUAUGGUUGAACUAAGUAACUCAAGUGAUUGGUGAAACAGCUGACCAUUCAUUUGAAAAAAUAAACAAAACACAUUUUCACGUUCUUUUUCAAUGUUACAAAGUAGCUUGAAGCAGACAAUGUAGCUUAAAGCAUUUCCUUUGUGACUUUAAAAUUAUACACUUUGUAAAUGUACCUGCCUUAGUGUCUUAAUGAAUUUGACCAUGGUCAAUAAAACAUAUUUUGUAUUCUUUGAUAUUUAUCACUUACUUUAAAAUGUUGUGUUUGAAGUAACAGUAGAUUAUUCAUAGUACUACUAUUAUUAAUAGUAGGGUUAACUAAACUCGACAAAUACAUGCAUGAACACAGUCCAAUAUAUCACAAACUAUUAUUUUUGCACAGACUAAAUAACACACAUUGUUUGCUUCACCAGGUUAAGGGAAACAUUUAUAUCUGUGGAAACUAUUUAAUACAUAAACAGAGUUUCUAUGUAUGUUUUUUAUUUCAUUUGCUUUAUAUGUCUGUGAACUACACCUAUUGUUUCACUGAAAAGUUCAGAUUAAUGAUAUGCAAACCACAAAUUAAAGCUGUAGCAGUUUCAUUUGGUGA